UUGAAAAAUAUGAUUGACAACUGACAAGUAUACUUGUUUAAACAAUCAAACUUCAACCACAGAAUAUAACGAUUAAAUGCUUCAACGAUUAUGCCGAAAUCUCUUUCUAUGAUUAGGUUUUCUUUAAUUUUCUAGAAAAAUGAGUUUAACGGAAUCGAGUUUCUUUCCCAUGCCCUCGCAGGGCAAUAUUUAUUCGUCUUCUGUAAUAACAACAGUCGAAGGUAAAAAUAAAAUCCUAAUCAUAUCAUCAAUGAAGAAGAAAAUUAUUACAGUCGAACCUGGAAUAGAAGACGGUGAAAUCGAACCUGUCGCUAAAGAAAUAAAAUUCUCAGAUAUUCCAAAUAAUGCAGAAAUCCUGUCAAUUCAUUCUUUCAACAAGUCAAAAACUAGCAACGAUUUUACUGUUGGCAUUACAUAUUUUAAAAUGGCUGCAGAAAACAAUCAUGUAGCAUAUUUGAAUAUCUAUUCUGGACAAUCGGGUUCGUCGUUAGAAGUUCUAUCCCAAAAUUGUGUAACGAUACAUUUGAAUUUUGUCCCAUACCAACUAAACCAUGCAGUUUAUUCGCACGAAGGUUUUAAGAUGUCGUGGUUGUUAUCGGGAAGCGACGGGAGAAUACACGCUUACAAGGCUGACGAACCAAUGCAAGAACAAAAUAUUGUAAAUUAUUUUGUCGAGUACCAAGAAGCUGGAGAUUCGUCGAUAUUACGUUUCGAUACUAAGUCAUAUAAUAAUUAUCAAAAAAGGGUGUCAUUUUAUGGUUGUGAAUCUGGUUAUUCAAUGUUUGCAACUGUCGACUCUACAAAAAAUCAAAUUUUAUAUCGUUUCUACGAACAUUAUCAAUCGCCCGUAUCUGUAAUGAAACUGUUCAACUUAAAAAAUAGGGCUGUCAAUUUGGAAAAUAUUGUCACAGAUAACUUCACAGCGGAUUGUGAUUGCAUUGACGAAAAGGAACAAGUAUGUUUGCUCGUAACAAACGCUGCCGAACCUUCUAUAAUUUACAUGAAUGUGUUGGAAGAUCAUUUAAGCAAAGUGGUCAUGUUGAAAAACAGUAAUUGCCACGACGUGAUAGUGUGUUCAACGAUCGCUGACACAAACUUUGAUUCGAAGAAUGAAAUUUUACUUGGUGCUUACGGACAUUGCAUAUUAACAUAUGCCUACGUUGACGGCGAUUGGGUUAAAAGGACAACGACGGUGUUAAGGUAUCCAGUUUAUGGCCUAUGGUAUUUGGACAUAACCAGUCAAGGUGUAAAAGACUUAAUAGUUAUAAGUGAACGUGGUGUUCACAUUUUAAAACAUGAUCCUCGUGAUAUAUUAGCUAUUUUGAAAGAUCGUUUGAAAUCCAAAUACCUCCAAUGACAUUUAUAUCUACUUAUUAUAAUUGUAUAUUAACUUAAAUAUACAGUAAUACUUUACUAUCAUUAUUUUCACUUGUCAGCGAUGAAUCAAUCAACUGUUGUUAUUAUUAUUUUUUAUAAAGACACAAAUAAAAUUAUA